AUGUGCAAGCAACAGAAUUACAACGAAGCACUUGAUGCAUUCAAUUUCCAUCUAAAGAAGUCGAGUAUCCAGCUAGAACCAAACACCUAUGUGAAUCUAAUCUUGGCCUGCACCAACUCUAGAUCUCUAAAUUAUGUCAAGAAAAUCCAUGAUCACAUUUCAAAAUCCAAGUGUAAGCCAGACCUUGUUCUCCAAAAUCAUAUUCUUAAUAUGUAUGGAAAAUGUGGUUCUUUGAAGGAUGCUAGAAAAGUUUUUGAUGCAAUGCAGCUGCGAAAUGUGGUCUCUUGGACUAUAAUGAUCGCUGGAUACAUGCAGAAUGGCCAAGAGAAUAAUGCCAUCGUCAUGUAUAUUCAAAUGCUACGAUCAGGUUAUUUUCCAGACCAGUUAACAUUUGGCAGCAUUAUUAAGGCUUGCUGCAUCGUGGGUGAUAUACACUUAGGCAGACAACUGCAUGGCCAUGUCAUUAAAUCAGGGUAUGAUCAUCAUUUAAUUGCACAAAACGCUCUUAUCUUAAUGUAUACAAAGCUUGGACAAAUUGCUCAUGCCUCAGGUGUGUUUGCAAUGAUUCCCACAAAGGAUUUAAUUUCCUGGGCUUCCAUGAUUACAGGGUUUACUCAACUUGGUAAUGAGAUAGAAGCUUUAUAUCUUUUCAGAGAUAUGCUCAGGCAAGGUGUUUAUGAACCAAAUGAAUUUAUAUUUGGCAGUGUAUUUAGUGCAUGCAGAAGUCUUCUAGAACCAGAAUUUGGAAGGCAAAUUCAUGGUGUGUGCGCUAAAUUUGGUUUAGGGAGGAACAAUUUUGCUGGGUGCUCCCUCUGGGACAUGUAUGCAAAAUUUGGAUUCUUAUCUUCGGCAAAAAAGGCAUUUAAUCAAAUUGAAAGCCCGGAUUUAGUGUCAUGGAAUGCAAUUAUUGCAGCAUUUUCUGAUAGUGGUGAUGCUAAUGAAGUCGUAUCAUUUUUCUACCAGAUGAUGCAUGUAGGAUUGAUGCCAGAUGACAUUACUUUUCUCUCCUUACUCAGUGCUUGUGGGAGCUCUAUGAAGCUUAACCAAGGCAUGCAAAUGCACUAUAACGUUCGUGUGUGUUUUUGUACGUGUACGUAUACUACUUACAAGGCUAGACCUCUUGCUACUUCAGAGCAAGUUGCUCAAAUCAUUGCACUUAUUCGGGAGGAUGAGGAUGAUUUGGGUUCCAAGUUGAAUAAUAUGAACGUGUCUUUGUCUCAUGCAUCAGUUAUUGACAUUUUUCAGAGAUUAGCAAGUGAAAGAUUUCCAGCAUUACAGUUCUUUGAUUGGCUUAAAGCUUCCGAUCCUAAUAUCUGUUGUGAUCCCGAUUUAGGUAGCUUGUUUGUUAAUAACUGUGGGUUGUUGGGGAAUUAUGAGGCAAUGAUUCCCGUUUUGAGUGAAUUUAGCCUUCAAAAUGUAUUUUUGGGAAUGAAGGCUUUUGGGUUUUUACUAGAUUUGGGUUUGGACAAGGCUUCUAGUAUGGUAUCUGUGAAAAAGGUCAUGGCUGUGUUCAAUGAGGUUGGUGGCGUUUAUCAAAGUUGUGGAGUUCAGUUGUUGAUAGAAAUGUUUGGUCUUUCGGGAUCGUUUGAGAUAGCUGAGUUUGUGAUAAGAACAGCUGGGAGGAAGGUGAAGAACUAUCAUGUCUUAAUGAGGAUAAUGUGUAAGAGAGGUGAUUGUAAAAGAGUAGGAGAUUUGGUUAUGGAGAUGGAGAGAAGUGGUUGUGAUAUGAAUGCAAGUACUUAUAAUUUGUUACUCAGUUGUCUAUGCAAGAGUGGUAACAUUGAUGAAGCUUGGCAAGUGCUUAAAGCUAUGGAGAAAAACCAGGGUAUAUCUGAUGUGCAUAGCUUUGAUAUUCUUAUUAACUCGUUUUGUAAGCGCCAUCAGUUUGAUUUGGCUUUGAAGCUUAUUCAUAAAAUGGCAUUGAAGGGUAUUGAACCUAGUAUUUUAACUCAUGCUGCAGUAAUAAAGUCCUAUUUUGAAUCAGGAAAGUAUGAGGAAGCACAUGAGUAUGUGAUUGGUUCUGCUGGUAAGUUGAGUUAUUCUAGCAAUGCAAACUAUAGCUUGCUUGCUACCCUUCAUUUGAAGAAUGGGAAUGUGCUGCUUGCCAGUAAGGUUAUUUUUGAGAUGAUGGACAGGGGUCUUAAACCUAAUUUUUCAGCAUACAAAAAAAUUAAGACUUAUCUUGAGAAAAAAGAUGAAAAAGCCUUGUCUAUGGAAUUAUCAAGAAGAUACUUGAGCUUCUUUGAAAAAUGA